AUGCCCGACUUCAAAGGCGUUGGUUCGUCUUUGCGCAAGGAAUUGAACGAAGAUGGUAUCGACUACAACACAAAUUAUCAUACUCCUACAACGCCCGACUUGAUUAUUGAAGAGGAUGAAGAGAGUGAUUUGGAAUAUGAACACAGAGCUAGCCCUGAAAUGACAUCCGAGCAAAGACUUGAAGCUCAUUUUGCCGAUUCUGAAAACAUGGCGAAACUUAAAAUAUGCCAGUCUGUGGCACGUACCUGGCUGGCACGCCACAAUUUUAAAAAGAUGCAUCAAGUUCACCAAUCCACCUUGUUUGUGUCGAAUUUAUCACGGGUCCAAGCCCAGGCACGUGGCAUGCUGCUGCGACGAGACUUUGAAGAGAAGAAGAUCACUUUUGAAAGCUCAGAAGAUUGGGUUAUUAAGCUACAAACUGGUGCCCGUGGAUACCUCGCAAGAAUGAAAUAUCAAAACACGCUGGCCCAUUACAAGUCAAAUUUGGAUAAGAUCGUUCGAAUCCAAAACUUUGUCAAGAACAAGCUUGUUGGUGAUGCCUACAGAAAAUUGACUACUGAUAGCAAUCCAUCCGUUGGCACCGUCAAGAACUUUGUUCAUUUGCUUGAUGAUAGCGACCUUGAUUUUGACCGUGAACUUGCUCUGGAGGAUAUGCGUCAACAAGUGAUUCAACACAUUCGCGAAAACACUCAAAUGGACGCCCACGUCAAUGCGUUUGAUAUUCAAAUCGGCUUAUUCUUACGCAACGCCAUCACCAUUGACGAAGUUGUCAAGAGCAGUGGUGCAUUCAAAAAGAAGCAACAACUCCGACGCAUGUCCGAACUCGCUGCAAACAGCCUCAACACUAACCCUUAUUCUCUUCGCGGCAUUGAUAAGGAAAGUCGCAAACGCUUGGAUUUGUAUCAAAGGUUGGCUUAUCUGUUGCAGACUGAGCCCUGCUACCUUGCUCGAUUAUUGUCAAUGACUGGACGCGGGGAUCUUGGUGCCGGAGUUAGCGCCAGAUUAAUCGAGUCAACCGUAUUGACCUUAUUCGGUUAUGCAACCAAUGCCCGUGAAGAAUACCUGUUGAUCAACCUUUGCAAGUGUUGCAUCGACGAAGAAUUGGGUUUUGUUGGGAGUACUCAAGAAUUUAUGCGUAGCAAUUAUGCUUUCAUGAAACUUGUUGUACAAACCAAUCGAGGUGCCAAAGAACGCAUGUUUUUCCGGAAGCUUCUGAGCCCCUUGGUCAGCAGCAUUGUUCAGAAUGAGUACCUCGAUCUGGAAACCGACCCAAUUGCCAUCUAUCAUAAGGCAAUAAACGAAGAAGAAUCUCGAACAGGUCGGCCAUCCAAGCGUAAGCACUCCGCCACAGUUCAGGAUGCCUUGCAGGAUGAGGAAGUAUGCGCUACAUUCGUCAUGCACUUGCGUCACUUGCGAGAGAUUACUACCCAUUUCCUUCAAGCCAUUACAGCCACCGUAGACGAUGUGCCUUAUGGUAUCCGCAUUAUUGCGCGUAAACUGCGCCUUGCCAUGGAAGAAGCCUUUCCAAACGAGCCUCAGGAAAGCAUCAUCCGUAUAAUUGGCAACUUCAUCUACUACCGAUACCUCAAUCCAGCUAUUGUCGCACCGGAACAGUAUGAAGUCAUCGAAGCCAUUGUUCUCCCUGUCCAGCGAAAGAACUUAGCAGAGGUUGCCAAGAUGCUGCAGCAAAUAUCUAGCGGUCAAGAGUUUGAUAACAACGACAUUUUCCUCGCGCCAUUAAACGAAUUCGUCAAAAAAUCUUCAAAGGAGUUCGCAAACUGGUUUAUGGAAUUGACGAACGUCGAGGAACCCGAAACGUACUUUGAUAUCCAUGAGAUGAACGACCAAAUCAGCACACACAAACCAACAGUAUACAUCUCACCCUACGAACUAUUCCAUCUCCACUAUGCCAUUGAACAUAACCUUGAAGAUCUUGAAGUACAAAAAGCUGGCGGCCCUCUCCGUUCCAUUAUUGAACAGCUCGGUCCUUCGCCGUUCACUCCAUCACUCGAGCUUCCUGACUCUAUGCUUUGCUUGACAUUGAGCCACCCAUCUGAUAAUAUCUCCAUGGAUCCUGCAGCCCGACAACAGCAAUUAUUGGUCGACUCUAAGCGUCUCGUUAUUUACACAAUCAAGAUCCAGAGUGGCGAUUCCUUGAAAACGAUUCUUGAAGCACCUGUCACUUCAGAGCAUGAGGAGGCGUGGCAGACACUCAAGGCAGUUGAAUUCGCAGAUCAAGGGGAUGCGGUAGCGGUAAAACGGCGAUACGUUAAAUUAAGUCAAUCGGAUCCACCUUUGGAUCUACAAAGUCUCGGAUUCUAUCAGCUUAAAGUGGUUACUAGUCGUCUCUUAUUUUAUCUCGCAAAGAGUGGCGUUCUUUCUGCCGAGAACGACUAUCAACAAGUGAUCAAAUUAAUUGCACGCGAUAUUACCGGGAAAAAUCAACGGCGGAUUCAGCGAGACGGAGAAUUAAGUCGGGUCCGGCAGACUUUAAUACAUGUCAAAAAGAAGAAGCACUACUUGAUCGAGCAACGCAACGAUUACGAAAACUAUCUGAGCAUUUGCAUGCAAAACAUGGUCAAGAAGCGAGGCGAGCGACCGCGGUAUGGUCUGCCAUUCACCCGACAAUAUUUCCACGUCCGUCGAUUACGGAAAGAAGGACGCGAGCCCAAGUUUGGGUCAUUCAAGUACAGCGGAAAACAGCUUUAUGAGCGGGGUAUCCUGGUGGAUGUCGCCAAAAUUGAGCCCAAAGACUAUGACAAAAUCUCAAUUAUCUUGUCGAUGGACCAGGUGGGUAUCGUCUCGAUCGAAGGAACAUACUCUCGCUGGGGCAUCCCUUCCAUGCAGGUAGAUAUGCCGUACGAAAACCUGCUGCAAACACAAUUCGAAGGCGCGCAGACGAUGGAGGUCCUCGACGGCAUGGUCAAGGUCAACGUUAAUCUGCUGAUAUAUCUGAUAAACAAAAAGUAA